AUGGAGGUGUACUCAGACAACGGACCCCCUAUCUCAAGCAAUCAGUUCGCGGCAUUUUCAAGCGAAUACGAUUUCGACCACAUCACCUCUAGCCCUAGAUAUCCACAGUCAAAUGGCCUUGCGGAGAAGGGGGUGCCAGUGGUCAAACGGAUACUAAAGGAAACCACUGAAACCAAUCAAGAUUUUUGGCUUGGUUUGUUGGCUUACAGGACAACCCCCCUGGAUGGUGCGACGUCCCCGGCAGAGAUCCUUCAGUCCAGAAAGCUACGAACAACGCUGCCAGACAUUCAGGACGGCCUUGGUCUACAUGUUGUCAAGCAUCGUCAGACAGCAAGUAACCCGCAAAUGCUGCCACCUCUGAGCCAAGGUGACAUUGUUCGUGUGAAGAACUUUGUCUGGGAUGAAAAAGCAAAGGUCAUGCUGCGCUGGGCUGAACCCAGUUCCUACAAGGUGGUCACCGAAGAUGGGAGAUUUCGACGUCGCAACCGAAGGCACUUGCGGCCUACGAAAGAAACAUUUUGGCGUUUACUUGAUGACGACAGUGAGGACACUUCCGGGAUCAGCUCAUCGCAAUCGCAGCAGCAACAGCAGCAGCGACCGUUGACGCUUGAUAGGCACGCAGUCUCUAGCACCCCUGGGAAUAGCACCUCGCAGCCGCAACAGCGACCAGUGACGUCUGAUGGUGGUGCAGUGCUAAAUGCUCCGCUGUGUAGGGGAUCGCAUAGAGAAUGUGUACCCCCACGACGUUUGGCCAAUGGCAGGAACUUUCAGCAAAUGCCCUAA